UCUACUAUCAACAUCAAGCCGAACGUGCUUUUUUCCCCCCGUUUAAACAUGCGGACACAUGCAGGCAGGUCGUGAUUAUUUCCUCUCUUAAGUCGUAUAUUUGGCCGCCAGUCAUGAUUUAAGACGCUUUCACCAUCUUUAAAUAAGGGGAAAAUACGUAAAUAAACAUUAAAAGUUUACACGGACUUUAAAAGGCGUAAUGCUGGACUAAAUGUUGAUGGAAUUCUGAUCAUUUUCUUGACUGGUCAUCUAAAGGAUUAAUUGCUUUGAGUGUUUCCUCAUUUUUGGAUGAAAAUGUGACGACUUUCCUGAAAGUAGUUUGGAAUUUUUAAAGGUUUUGAAAGUUGUUUUGCCAGAAAGAAGCAUGAACUGAAUCUGCAAAAGGAGUCUGAAGUGAGAACAUCCAUGGACUGAAACGUUCAACUUUAAGCUUCAAGUGCUAAAGUGCCUCCAGCAAGGUUGGGAGAUGUGUGAAGGAGUGUGACGGACGGCCAUGGGGCAGGAGAGACGGUGGCUUCAGGCUGUCACUACCGCUCUAGCCAUCUGUCUGCUAAGUGUGUCACAAGGUUGGUCAUUAGUGGUUCGUGGCAGAGAGGGGAGCUCUGCAGAGCUGGGUUGCAGUCUCACUCCCAAAUUCAAUGACGCCACCAGCCCAAACCUCUUCCCGUUGCAUGUGGUGGAGUGGGUGCGGCUCGGCUACAACGUUCCAAUCCUUAUCAAGUUUGGAGUGUAUGCUCCCAGAGUUCAUCCCAACUACAAGGGGCGUGUCUCUCUGUCACGGGGCGCCUCCCUGCUGGUGGAAAGGCUGACCCUGGAGGAUGAGGGCUGGUUCGAAUGCCGCAUCCUGCUCCUAGAUAGCAAAACGGACGACUUCCAAAAUGGCACAUGGACCUUCCUCUCCAUCACAGCUCCACCAGUGUUUAUCAAGAGGCCACCAACUUUUGUGGAGGUUCUUCUUGGAGACUCACUGACACUCAGCUGUGGAGCUCAUGGAAACCCUCGCCCAACUGUUGUGUGGCACAAAGACGAGAGCCCAAUUGAAAAACAUGAAAAAAUCAAAGUAUACAAUGGUAGCUUGUCGUUGGCCUCAGUCACAAGAAACAUCUCAGGAGUGUACACAUGUCACGUUUCCAAUACAGAGGGCAACCUGACACACACAACCCAGCUGCAGAUCAAAGGACCGCCAAUCAUCAUCAUCUCACCAGAAGACACCACUCUCAACAUGUCCCAGGAUGCAGUUCUACAAUGCCAGGCUGACGCUUACCCUUCUAACCUCACAUAUGAAUGGAUGAAACAAGGGCAGAAUGUUUACCAUAUUGAAUCUCUAAAGUCCAGAGUGAAGGUUUUGGUGGAUGGAACCCUUCUGAUCCCUAAUCUAAUCCCAGAAGAUGCUGGCAACUACACUUGCGUCCCAACCAAUGGGAUAUUGUCCCCACCCUCAGCCUCAGCACACCUCAAAGUGAAACACCCUGCUCGAGUUGGACGAAUGCUCAAAGAAACCUACUUGCCGUCUGGUAUGGAGGGUGUCAUUGUUUGUCCUGUCCAGGCUGAUCCUCCUGUGCUCUAUGUGAACUGGACCAAAGAUGGGAAUAAUUUGAAUCUUGACAAACUCCCAGGUUGGAUGGUGAACUCAGAGGGCUCAGUUUUUAUAGCAACAGCAAACGACAAUGCGGUGGGCAUGUACACUUGCACUGCGUAUAACAGCUACGGGACCAUGGGUCAGUCUGAGCCCACCCAGGUCAUUCUGCAGGAUCCACCCACAUUCCUAAUGCCUCCUCGGCCGGAGUAUCUUCAAGAGGUGGGCAGAGAGUUGAUCAUCCCCUGUGAAGCCAGUGGAGAUCCCGCCCCCAACAUAACAUGGAGCAAGAUUGGCCCUACUCCCCGUUCUCAGUACUACGUGUUGAGUAACGGUUCCCUCCUGCUUCAACCUCUCAGUAAAGACCACCAUGGAGGAUGGGAAUGCUUGGCCUCUAACCGUGUUGCAACUGUCAGUGCAGGCACAGUGGUCAUGGUGUUAGGCACCAGUCCUCAUGUUGUGUCUUCAGUAUCUGUCAACACAGAGAUGCACCAGGCCAAUGUAUCCUGGGUGCCUGGAUUUGAUGGCGGAUACACCCAGAGGUUCACUGUGUGGGUCAAGCAGUCAUCAAGAGGGAAACAUGAAUGGGCAUCGUUACCUGUACCCACGUCCAAGAACUACCUGCUGGUUACUGGUCUUCUGGCUGGGACUAGUUAUCAGUUCAGUGUCCUACCUCAGAAUAAACUCGGCUCUGGACCUUUCAGUGAAAUUGUUACUGUUACAACUGAAGCUCUGCCAACAGAAGCCCCAACUGUCAUCACCACUCUACCAAUACUGGAACCCCCCAUUUUCUUGUCUGCCAACCGCACCAGACGAGGUGUUCUCCUCCAAUGGUCACCUCCUGAGGCUCCGUCCUCUCCGCUGACAGGUUAUGUGCUGCAGGCUCGCCGGAAUCAGGGCCAGUGGGUCACCCUCAGCAGCAACAUCAGUGCCAAUCAGAGUGAAAUCCUAGUACAAGGGCUACUUCGUGACUCCAGUUAUGAACUGAGGCUGUUGUCCUGCAGCAACAAAGUGUUCAGUGAACCAAGUGAUUUCGUCAAUAUAUCUACCACAGGGAUGGAGAUUUACCCUCUACGCCCAAGUUUCUUGGAGCGUGUCCCCGAGCCGCUGCUGGCAGGUGUAAUCGCUGGGGUGUGCUUCCUUUUCAUGGCCAUUGUGCUAUCCUUGGUAACGGCUUGCUAUAUGAGUAACUGGAGAGAACGCCGGCGCAGGAAGAGACAAAAAGAUCUCCCAUCUGCUUUCCAGAAGAGCCCAUCUUCAGAAGCCCGAUCUCCUCCUCGCAGCCCCGACAGUGUCUUGAAGCUGAAGCUAUGUCCACCGCUUCCUUUCUUCCCCACCUCCUCCUCCCAGUAUGGCUCCUCCUUUGAUAAAGUCAGCCGAGGAGAAUACCAAGACCAGCGCAAACAACUCUUGGCUAACUCAUCUCCACCACCGCAUUACGCUCUUUUUGAGAGCCACCUGGGGUCGCAGGCCCCCUCCCCAACAGCUUUGGAGUCAAUUUCCAGAGGCCCAGAUGGACGUUUCAUAAUCCAACCCCUGAUAGAGGGUUCUAGUCCCUCUAAUAAGAAAAAUUUGAAGGACAUCUUGCUCAGCAAUGGUGGCGCAAGUAGCUCCGGAAGCAACCAGACCUCAUUCAGGGGCUCCCCAAAAUCGAGCAUCUUGAGUUCUGACAAGGACGAGAGAAAAAAAUCUCCACUUACUGUGGAUGCACCUGAACUUAGCAGGCCUUCAUCCUCCCCAGGAAGGGUUCUGGCUAUUGCUCGGAACUUGUCCCGUCAUGGCUGCUUUUACUCUGAUGAUGAACAUGGCUCAGAGAACCUAUUGGAAAGAGCAAGCUUUUAUUCAGACAACAGUGAGAAAAAGCCUAGCGAUCCCCUUAGAAGGCAUCGCAUGCCUGCUCGCACUGAGGACUUAUUCCCUGUUUUGACCAGGAGAACCUAUAUUUUAGAUAGAGAAGAAGACAGUGCACAGUCUUCAGGCUAUCAACCAAUGACCAGUCACUUGACGGACGAUAACACACAAGUCACCCAACUUGACAGUGAACUGGAAAACGAUAGCAUCCAAAAAUGCAUACAACUAGCCAAGGAGAGGGAGAAAAUGGAGCGGGAACUAGAACGCUAUACAAAUAGUCACAAAAACCAAGAUCAAAGAAAAGACAUACAAUUUACCAAGGCACAGAGCCCUCAUUGUAGCAUAUCCCAGUCUGAUGACGAACCUGUAUGGAAACCACAAGCUGUUACUCUCCGUCAAAAGCCCAGGCCCUCAGGCCACACAAGUCGCGUAGCAGACUACAGAAGAGCGUGCUACUUUGGGAGCACUAGUAGUCCCAUGGACCGACUUCCUAAGUCUCACAUACCGUGGGACAUUAGCCCUGUUACAUCGGUCACAAACAUGGUUCCAGUAAAGAGCAGCUGGGAGUCGGCCAAAAUACAGCAUUCUCAUACAUGUGAAAGAACUGCAGAUGAUUCACUGGCUGAUUCUCGAGUCACUGAGAACACGUCCCUGCCUCUGCCUUCCACUGAUGUGACCUUUGAAAAAACUCACUGUCUAGAGACACCCCUCAGAGCCAGGUCAUUGAGUCCUCAGAGAGAUUCGGAUAUGUGUACAAAGCCUAUGGCCGAAAGCCUGAGGCAAAAUAUUAGUGACAGAGGUGCUCCUUCUCGGUCCAGAAGAUCUUAUGCUUAUGGAACACAAAAUUGGGAUUCAGCUUCCAGAAGUCCUUUAGUUUGCAGUGAGAGGGCUGAAAGUCCAGCUCAACCUUCAACAUCAUACGCAACCACAAGGGGUCCCAGUCUCUUGGGUUUCCCUACAUUACCCUACGAACAUCACACAAAGUCAAAGACCAAAGACAGGGAAGGCUGUGAUGACCACCAAAGUUUAGGUUUAGAAAGAGAAAAUAUCCGAGCACGGUCCAGGAGGAGUGACAAAUGUCUUUUCUCUGAUAGUCCCAGCCCUGUGUCGAUGUUGACGCUGGUAGAAGAAGCUGAAAGGGACCAGUCCAAAUGUUCUGUCCCGAGAAUGUCAGGGUCUUUCAAGACCAAGCUUGUCGCAUCACCUCAAAUGUCAUCACUUCAGACAAGUGCAAUUCUGGAAUAUCUGAGCCUUCCGGGUUUUAUUGAGAUGAGCGUUGAUGAGCCUCUCGAACCAGCGGAAGUGUCUGACACUGCCGUACAAAGUUUGGAACGAAAGUCUGGAGAAUCCAAGGUGGCUAAGCCAGACGUAGUCCCUAAAAACUGGGAGGUUCAUGUCCAAGAAAAAGGUGAAUCAAAUAAACGGAAGGCUUGUUUUGAACCUUCACUUUCUAGAGAUAAACAUGGCUCUAGGCAUUACAACGAAAGUGAGUCUUUACUUUGUGUAAGGUUUACAGACAGCAUCAGAUCACCAUCGCCAGCUCCAGAAAAAACUAGCAAGCAGCUGUACAACGAGAAAACACAGAUUAGAGCUGAGACUAAAGUCACUGAUUCAAGACUAGGUUCUAGGCCAGCUCAUACUUUGCUCAGUGCCGCUAAAGGUAUGGUCGAUAUAGUGUCAAAACAGUCUCAGAGCUUUGGAGACAGUAGUGAAUCUUUAUCAGAGCAACCACAAAGACAAGGUUCUCAAGGCAACAGGACCAAUAACAUUGCAUCGCGAAUAAAUCAAGCCCCUGUACCGUUUCUUAAAAAAUCCUUCAGCGUUGGCCCUUGUCGAACCCUCUCAGGUAUGGGACCACCCAGACCUUUCCUUAAGAAAUCUAUCAGCUUCGGCUCCCAAAAAUGGGAGCACUUUGAGAGCCCGAGAACAUACAUCUCUGAGAGAUGUUACUGGGACGAGUUCCCAAAUCCUGAUGUCAGGGUGAAAUCUUACAGUUUAGGUCAUGCUCCUUCGUCUUCUUUUCUCAGGCCAGGUCCUUCGUGGAGGGAGUAUGUCCCUUUCAGACGUCCCAGCAUGAGCAGCUUAGAGAGAUCCCAAUGUGGGCAAAGAUCUAGUCCCUCCUACCUCACCCCUGCAAUGUACCCACCCAGAGAGAGAUCACUGUCCCCAAUGUCGGAGCCCUGCAAUCCACGAAGGCAGGCUACCGUUUUCUCUGAUUCCUCACGGUGGUCCCCCUCGUACCCAGACACACUAAGGUCUGCUCAGUACAGAUAUGUCCCCAUGCCCGCAUCUGUUCCCCCCCAUCACCAAAUGUGGCCAGGCCACAGAACCACAGAAGACAUGAGGCAGAUGGAUCCCAGGAGAGCCCCCCCGAGAUCCUACCUGCCCAGAGGCAUCAGCUGGCCCUCACCCUACUGCAUGCCUUUUCCUCAGAGGGAAGGGGACAACUACCGACCGGUAGACAGACCCAUGGGGAGGGGGGGUGAGACAGACGCUCGGGAGGUCAGAGAGGGCGGGAGGGCCAGCUACGCCAGUCAGAGCAGUGGGAGGGGUAGUGCUGGUCUCUUCCGCCAGUCGCUGUCCAUCACUCCCACGCUGCUCAGCUCCCCUGAAACCACGGAGGAGAGCGAGCGGCACAGAGCUGAGCUGGAUCUACCUGGGAGGAGAUCGAAAAGAAGGAACACGUCAGUAGAUGAGAGUUAUGAGUGGGACUCUGGAGAAGCGUGUGUGGACAUGGAAGUCCUGGAGGCCUUGAGGUUGGAUCGCUCUAAAGCAGAUUUUUGGACAGGCAGAGAGGGGCUUGUGCGCGAUCAACCCGCUGGCCUCCAGGACCAAACCCACAAAGGCCCGUCUCCCUCCGCCCGCCCACCGAUCUCCAACCCAACUCGCAGCCACUCCCUUAGCGAGGCGCGCUUCCACGCUCUCCGGCAGGAGUACCAACAGUACAGACAGGCUCAGGAGUCCAUGUGUUCCCGUGACAACGAUUCGGACUCCGACGGCAACUCGGCUCUGCUGUAGAAGCUAAACUCGGUGUGACCCCGGCAGACUACUGUGACCUUUGACAUUGGGGAAGUAGCAUCCAUCAUCUGUUACAUCUGAUAAUCCCAGCGGUUUGCUCACAUUUGUCAUCCGAUGGCCAUCUCUGUACUUUGGAUUAUGAUGCUGAGAAGGGAUUAUUUAUUUUUUGUGCAUCUGUGUUGUUUUUUUGGUUGACAAUCUGACACAGGCACUCCUGGGAACAAACUACUUCAGCUAACAACAGAGUUAAGGUGUUAAUUUUCAUGGUAAUAAUUAUUUUUACGAAAAAAAAAAAAGAAUGCUUAUGACAAUUAUUUUGUUCUGAAAUUGAAAUGUGGUACCAUGAUUUUUUUCCAAACAUUUCCCUACUUGCAUUCUAAUAUAAAUAUUGUUCUUAUCCCUUUAAGGCCACAACCUCAGGGCAGUUGAUUAGUUUUCUGAUUAGAACAAUGUAUUAUUUGCCAUAUUCCCCUCCUGUUUGCCUAAAGAAAUGUGUUUAAAUUACUGUCUAAAUGGUCAGCUAUGAUAGUUCAAAGAAAACACAUGCCUUAUUUUUAUCGUUUGUAUUUUCAAAAUUCUACUUGAUUGCCCAGCAGGAUUUCGUAAACAAGCUAAAAGUAUGUACUUUUUUAUUUUUUAACCUAUCGUUUGCUCACAUACGUUUUGUGAGGUCUAAUAUGCAAUAUGUUUACAAUUCACUGAUGUGAAGACAACACUGUGAGUGGUUCAGUCUUUUAUGAAUUAUGUUGUUAUUUACUGAUGAUGGUAUGUCACAUGACCAGCUGUUGUACUUUGAGAAGUACUAUUUUUACUCCCAGGAAGUUGUCACAGGUGGUGGCAGUGUUCAUUUCUGCUGAAAGAUUUGGAAGUUUUGUACAGAAGCAAAAGUUUUAUAUCUGGUGGUCUUGUACAUUUGUAAUGAAUAAAUUGUUUUAUUCCA